AAAUGUCACCAUCCCACGAUUUGAACAUCAAAUCAGUCCAAACAUAGCAGCGAUAUAUUGAUAGUUUGAUAGUGAAGUUUCAUGGAAGCCAGUUUUUCAUGUUCCACAGCCAUUCGUGAUUGCGUGCGUCUCACACUCUCACUGAUAGAAUCCCCAAGUCAACGACUUGAACUGUAGAAUAUUGAGCUUGAGCUGCUGCUGAAGUGGAAGAGGAAUCUAGCAUGACUUCCAUGCUGGUGACGACGCCGUUCAGAGUGCUGGAAGAGGGGAGCUCGGCUACCGAAUACAAUCCAACGGACGCGGUGAUCUUUGUGGGUAUCAGCUUGGUGUUAGGAAUCGCUUGCAGGCAUGUGCUGAGGGGUACCAGAGUGCCCUACACCGUCGCUUUGCUCAUCCUGGGCAUUGGCCUCGGAGCCUUGGAUUAUGGAAAGCAUAGUCAGUUGGGAAAGCUUGGAAAUGGCAUUCGAAUCUGGGCAAAUAUUGAUCCUGACCUGUUGUUGGCUGUUUUCCUUCCUGCACUUCUUUUUGAGAGUUCAUUCUCAAUGGAAAUGCACCAGAUAAAGAGGUGUAUAGUACAAAUGAUUCUACUUGCUGGGCCUGGAGUGGUCAUUUCAACCUUUUUUCUCGGAUGUGCUCUAAAGCUUACUUUCCCAUAUAACUGGAGCUGGAAAACAAAUUUGUUGCUUGGGGGACUCCUCAGCGCUACUGAUCCUGUUGCUGUUGUAGCCUUACUGAAAGAACUUGGAGCUAGCAAGAAAUUAAGUACCAUAAUUGAAGGAGAAUCCCUGAUGAACGAUGGGACGGCAAUUGUUGUAUAUCAGCUGUUUCUCCGUAUGGUUCUUGGAUGGAGCUUUAACUGGGGAUCUAUAAUCAGAUUUUUGCUACAAGUCUCCCUUGGGGCAGUGGCCAUUGGUCUUGCCUUUGGAGUGGCAUCUGUUUUAUGGCUGGGAUUUAUUUUCAAUGACACAGUGAUAGAGAUCACACUGACACUUGCUGUGAGCUAUGUCGCUUAUUUCACUGCACAAGAAGUGGCUGAUAUUUCUGGUGUGUUGACUGUCAUGACACUAGGAAUGUUCUACUCUGCUGUUGCUAAAACUGCUUUUAAGGGUGAAGGCCAACAAAGUUUGCAUCAUUUUUGGGAAAUGGUUGCGUAUAUUGCUAACACAUUAAUUUUUAUCUUAAGUGGGGUAGUCAUAGCCGAUGGCAUUCUCAGAAGUGAAAACUUUUUCAAAACUCAUGAAUAUUCAUGGGGUUACCUCAUUCUCCUCUAUGUUCUUGUUCAAGUAUCCCGUAUUGUUGUUGUUGGAGCAUUAUUUCCACUUUUACGGUGCUUUGGCUAUGGUCUAGAUUGGAAGGAAGCUACUAUUCUUGUAUGGUCUGGUCUACGAGGGGCUGUAGCGUUAUCUCUUUCACUCUCUGUCAAGCGUUCUAGUGAUGACUCAUCUUAUAUUAAUCCAGAGACAGGAAUUCUGUUUGUUUUCUUCACUGGUGGAAUUGUAUUCUUGACAUUGAUUAUCAAUGGAUCAACAACACAGUUCAUUUUACGCAUUUUAAGCAUGGAUAGGCUAUCUACAGCAAAGAGGCGCAUAUUAAAUUACACAAAGUAUGAGAUGCUGAAUAAAGCUUUGGAGGCAUUUGGUGAUCUUGGAGAUGAUGAGGAACUAGGACCUGCUGACUGGCCUACUGUUAAAAGAUAUAUUACAUGCCUAAAUGAUUUAGAGGGUGAAAGAGUGCAUCCUCAUUCUUCAUCUGGAAAUGAUGAUACCCUGCAUCAUAUGAAUUUGAAAGACAUUCGGAUUCGCUUCUUGAAUGGUGUUCAAGCUGCUUACUGGGGAAUGCUCAAUGAGGGAAGGAUAACACAAAACACUGCAAACAUUCUAAUGCAAUCUGUUGAGGAAGCAAUUGACUUGGUACCUCAUGUGGCUUUGUGUGAUUGGAAAGGCCUAAGAGCUUAUGUGAAUAUUCCAAAUUAUUACAAGUUUCUUCAAACAAGCAUUGUCCCUCAAAAGCUUAUCAUGUACUUCACUGUUGAGAGAUUAGAAUCUGCGUGCUACAUUUGUGCCGCCUUUCUCCGGGCCCAUAGGAUUGCACGCCAACAGCUAAAUGACUUUAUUGGAGAAAGUGAAAUUGCAUCUGUGGUGAUAAAUGAAAGUGAGGAAGAAGGAGAGGAAGCAAGGAAAUUUCUUGAAGAAGUGCGUGUCACGUUUCCUCAGGUUCUCCGUGUUGUCAAAACCAGACAAGCAACUUAUGCUGUUUUGAAUCAAUUGAGUCAUUAUGUGCAUAAUCUUGAAGAGAUUGGUCUAUUAGAAGAAAAGGAGAUGAUUCAUCUUCAUGAUGCUGUACAGACUGACCUGAAGAAGCUCUUAAGGAAUCCCCCUGUAGUAAAAAUUCCAAAAGUUCGUGAUUUGAUAAGUACAAAUCCUUUCCUAGGAGCUCUUCCUUCCACAGUGCGGGAGACACUAGUUGGCUCUACUAAAGAAAUUAUGAAGUUACGUGGUACUACACUUUAUAGAGAAGGAGACAAGCCAACUUGUGUUUGGCUUAUUUCAAAUGGAGUAGUGAAGUGGACAAGUCAGCUUACAAGCAAUAAGCAACUGCUGCAUCCCACAUUUACACAUGGAAGUACAUUGGGAUUGUAUGAAGUUCUUGUUGGAAAGCCAUACAUCUGCGAUAUUAUCACUGAUUCAGUGGUUCUCUGUUUUUCUGUUGAAACUGAAAAGUUACUUUCUGUGCUUAGAUCAGAUCCUGCAAUAGAAGAUUUCUUUUGGCAGGAAAGUGUGAUUGUUCUUGCCAAAGUCUUGCUUCCUCAAGUCUUUGAGAACAUGGGAAUGCCGGACUUAAGAGCUCUCGUUGCAGAAAGAUCCACCAUGAGUACAUACAUAAGAGGGGAAAGUUUUGAAUUGCCUCAUCAUUCUAUUGGUUUCCUAUUAGAAGGGUUUGUGAAAGGUCAGGAUGCAGGGGAGUUUGUUACCUCUCCUGCAGCAUUAUUGCCUUCACGCAUGGAUCAAAGUUCCAGGAAUUCGGAAAUGUCAGGUUCCAGAGCCGGCAGUUUUUCUCAUCAAGCACGGUGGUAUCAAGUUGAGACAAGAGCUAGGGUGAUCAUGUUUGAUAUUGGAGCAUUUGAAGCAGACAGAAACCUCCGUAGAAGGUCAUCUUCAUUUAUGUUAUAUCCAACCGAGCACCACUCAAGAUCGCUUAGUAGAGAGCAUGGGAGCCUAAUGAGUUGGCCUGAACAUUCUUCUAUGUUCAGAGGACAUCACAAUCUAGAAGGCACUAAUCAACAGGAAAACAGCUUGUCCACACGGGCAAUGCAACUAAGCAUUUUUGGUAGCAAGCAGGUGAACAACACCAAAGGGCGUGUUCCAAGUUUUACAAGAAAUAACAAAAUCAAACCUUCUCUAAGUCGGUCAUAUCCAAGUAUUCCAUCAAAUUAUGCUCGACAUCUUGUUUCUGCAAGAUCAGAGGGAUCUUGCACCAUGUCCAAGCAUGCUGAAGCUCCAGGAUACAAGAAAGAACACAGUGUAACCGAACGUCCAGUGCAUGAGGGUAGAGGUGAAUCAAGUGACGAAUCGGGUUGUGAGGAUGAGCACAUUGUGAGAAUUGACUCACCAAGCACACUGUCUUUUCGCUAGGCUACUUGAAGCUUUGUAGUCCUUUGAAAUUGGUUGUAUUUGUCUAUUCACUUGCAUAGAAAAUAUAGAAUAAUGCUGUAAAAUUCAUAAAUUAUGUCAUGUUAGGAGAGUGAGAGUCGUGGGUGAACACUACAAUAAUUACCUCAGAAUAAAACGCUCAGUUGGAAAACAACACUUGUUCAAUUGGGUGGGUAUUAGUGGAAUGUGGUUAAUUCUCAUUUUGGCCUUUCAA